GUUCACGAGAUGCCUUCUCUAAAGAAACCAGUGUAUACAUAACUGCGCCCGAUUUCCUUGUUGUGGAAAUGCGCGAAAGAAAAGACACCAGCAGCCAGUAUUCGGUGCGAGUUGUAAACAAUGAAACAAAUUUAAAAUUAAAGUCAGAUUGUUCUCAUGUACUGCAUUUCUUGCAGUAACUACAUUUAAUGAGCAAAUCUAAAUAAAGUGCUUCAGAAUGGCUUCAAGUUCAGGUACUAUAAAGUGUUCAUUUAAAAGUGUGUCCAUCGUUCCAAAAAAAAGUAAUCAACAAGAUGCCAUCCGAAUAUUCAAAAUCGAUACAAAGACUGGAAAAAUGAUACUUUACGAAGAUCAACUGCAGUUACUAAAAAGCGAUAAGUUCAAGGAUUACAAAGUUUGCGUCAUUUCAGUCAAUGGAAGCUACAGAACCGGCAAAUCUUUUCUUCUCAAUUUCUUUCUGCAUUGUCUUAAGAAGAAGUGCCAAAGUGUACAAGGAGAAUGGAUGGAUGUUAACGACACCCUGACUCGUGGAUUUUUAUGGGAAAAAAGUGCGCAGAGAGUUACAGAUGGUAUACUUAUAUAUCCCGAAAUAUUUUUAACGAAAACAAAAGAAGGCGAAAAAAUCGCUAUAAUUUUGAUGGAUACUCAAGGAACGUCUGAUCAUCAAACCUCUUACGCUGAGUGCACUAAGAUUUUUGCCCUUAGUGCAUUAAUUAGCUCAGUUCACAUUUACAACAUCCAGAAUAAACUUGAUUUAGAGCAGCUUGGAGUUCUACAAUUAUUUGCGGGAUAUGGAGCGAUGUUUAGCGACAACGAAAAGAAACCUUUCCAAGAUUUGUACAUUCUGGUUCGAGAUUGGGUAAAUUUUGAAGAAUAUGAUUUUGGUUUUGAGGGCGGCAAGGAAUUAUUAACUUCUACCUUCAAAGCACAUCAACAAUCCAACCUAAGUGUAAUACAAAAAACUAUUAAAGAUAAUUUUGAGAAAGUCCAGUGCUUUUUGAUGCCAAAGCCUGGAAAUCAAGUUGAGACAAAGGGAUUUAAAGGCAAUUUUAAUGAUAUUAGGAAAAUAUUUCGCAAUCAUGUGAAAACCUUUGUUGAAAAACUUUUAACCUCUAAGAAUUUGGUACCGAAAAAAAUCAAUAAUAAAUUCGUUACGGUCGAGGAGCUAUUUAGAUUUAUUGAUGGUUACCGGAGAUGUAUUAAUGAAAAUGAAAAGUUAUGCAUUGAAUCAAUUUACAUGGCAACUGCUGAGAUUUCUCUUCGAUAUCUCGUGAAUAGAAAGGUAGACGAAUACAAGAAGCGUUUAGGCAGCUGUACAGAUCGAACACAAGCUGAAAAUGAGGAAAGUAAAAUUCUGAAAGAAUUUGAAAAGGCAAGGGAGAUGAAGUUGGGCACAAAAAAAUUGCGAGGAAGUUUUAAACAAAAACUUGUAGAGCUGCUUGAUGCACUAUUCAAUGAGUUUCACACAAUUUUAGACUAUGAAGAUGAACUAGGAAACGAAUAUAUCGAGCAGCUACAAGAAUGUUCAACUUUAGAGCAGGCCGAAAAGAUAAAGCAUCGAAUUUUGAAGAAAUUCCUGAAAAUGCUCAAAAGUUUUAACUACCUAAACGGGGCACAAGAAGUACCUAAGCAACAGUUAACAGGACUGCUUGAUAAGGUGUAUACAGAUUUUCUCAUGCUUUUCGACCAUGUGAUUGUAUUAAAAAUGGAAUACAUAGAACACGUUAAGGAAUGUAUAACUUUAAAGCAGACCUCGAAAGUAAAGGAGACAAUUCUGAAGAAAUUUCUGUACAAUACCAAAAACAUGGAUUGCAACGAACAAUUGCGAGACUGUUUUAAGCAGCGGUUAACCAAACUGCUCGAUAAAAUGUGUAAGAAGUUUUACACACUUUUUGAUCUCAUGAAUCAGUUAAUAGAGAAAUACACAAAAGCUGUCAAAAAAUGUCGAACUUUAAAGCAAGCCCAGGAAGUGAUGAGUGAAAUUUUGGGUGAAUUUCAAGAAAAAGGCGAGGACAUACAUUGUGGGAAGGAACUACUUGAUAAUUUCAAGCGACGGUUAAGUGUACAACUUGAUAAGGUGUAUAAUGUGUAAUUCAUAUACUUUUCGAUCAUGUAAAUCAACUAAUAGAGGAAUACUCCGAACGCGUUAAAGGAUUUAGAACUUUGGAGGAAGCCCAGGCA